UAUUAAUUUUUGCUUAAAUUUUAAUAGACUCUUAUUUGUGUCCAGUGGGCAAAAUCAAUGGAGAAAAUAAUUUCCCAAUCAAUAACCAUGCCAAACGACCCAAGAAGGAAAGAAUUGGACCAGCUAGAAAAACAAAAGGCCUUGAUUGACCGAAAAGCCCAAUCCGUCGUUCGUGGUGAACUCUAUUGUGGGCUGGGCUUUUUAGUCCUCCAAACAUUGGGCUUUAUGAGGCUUACUUGGGAACUAGGUUGGGAUGUGAUGGAGCCCAUUUGUUUCUUUGUCACCUCUCUUCACUUUGCACUUGCUUACGCCUUCUUUUUGAGAACAUCAAAGGAGCCCACUUUUGAAGGCUACUUUCAGCGACGGUUCAAAGUGAAGCAAAAGAAGCUUAUGAAAAUUCACAACUUUGAUGUUGAGAAGUACCAUGAGCUAUGUGAAGCCUUUUAUCCUCACUACUCGAAACUAGAACGCUGUGGAAAUGUUGCACUAUAUGGCGAUCAUGCAAGAGGGACAUUUUUUAGUUCUGCUCAUGGUUGAAUUGUGCAUAGUCAAUAGGAUGACUUCGAGUUAAUAUAAAUGGACUAUGAAUCUGAGUUCAUUUAUGUAUAGAUUGUAUUAAGUUUGAGUAGUCUUCUUGAGUUGUGAUACUUGCUACAUGGAGACUUUCAAGUCAAAUGCGAUAAAUGGUUUUGAUAAA